AUGAUCCCAAGGUCAAUGCAGUAUUUCAAAAGUGGGCAAGUGUAUAGGCCAACUCAGGCGGAAUGCGCCUCCAAUAUUGGAGGACAUGCUUGGCUCGUUGCUGGCAUUGAUUAUGAAGGCAACAGUCCUUACUACAUCAUCAAAAACAGCUGGGGGACUUCAUGGGGCGAGCAAGGCUACAUUCGUUUCGCUGCUGGGCAGAACCUUUGUAGAACGGAAGAGCGAAGCUACGGUGCGCAGAUAUAA